AUGGAAAGCACGACGAUCUACCAAUCCGAUGCCGAGAUUCGCUCAGUUCGGGUUAUCGUCUUUGGAGAUCAGAGUAGCUGUAGCCUUUCGAAGCUGCAGCAGCUGCUGUUGAAGAAGGACAGCCCCUACUUGACAUCUUUCAUCGACCGGGUCAAUCACACCUUGAGACAUGAGGUGGCUCGGCUUACGACUGCAGAGCGACAAUCAUUUCCAGCCUUCUGUAGCAUCCAAAACCUUGUCUCUCGCGUCUUGAAAACCGACAAACACACCGAGAAUGCGGCGGUAGAGAGUACCUUGGCAACUGUCUAUCAGUUGUGCUGUUUCUUCAGUCACUUCGGUAACGGCCAAGAAACGUACCCAACAGGGCCAGAUACGCACGUCUCCGGAUUGUGCAUUGGAGCAUUAGCCGCGGCAGCAGUCAGUUCCUCGCGGUCACUUGGCGAACUGGUGGAGGCGGGAAUCGAUGCAGUUCGUGUGUCACUGAGAGUAGGUCUGUUGGUUGCCAGAACUGCCGCUUUGUUCGGCCAGCCACAAUCAACCGGCACCUCAUCUUGGUCAUAUGUUGUCCCCGAAUCACAGAUCCCACUGGCUUUUGCGGAAAAGGCCAUCUCGUCGUAUAAUGAUGAAUCUAACAUCCCCCCUCUGUCUUCGCCAUACAUCAGUGCGAAGGGUCAGAAUUCCUGGACACUCAGCGGUCCACCAGCAGUUGUGCAGCACUUCCUACAGUCUUCGCAGUUUUCGGGAAAGCUGAAGAUUACGCCGAUCGCUGUACAUGCUCCGUAUCAUGCGUCGCACAUCUUCUCCGUCCGAGACAUUGAACAACUGCUUCGGGAUGUUGGAUCGGUCAGCGGCCUCACGAGCAAACUGCCCUUCAUCCCAAGUUCUACCGAGCGAAGCCCUCUUCAAGGGGCUCAGUUCCAGGAUUUACUACAACACGUCCUCGAGGGUAUUCUCAUCCAGCCGCUAGACUUGAGAGAGGCUGCCGAGAACAUACAAAAGGUGUUUGAGGCCGCAGGCCCCACUGGCCAAUGCGCGUUGCUUCCAGUGUCAACAAGCGUUUGCUCAAGUCUCAAGGUCUCAUUUCCGCCACCGCUCUCGAGGCGCGUCGCUGUCCUCGACAGCAUCACGGAAGGCAUUGCGGUAAGCACAGUGUCGAAUCCUCCGGGCACCGGUAGACCAGCCGACUCCAAGAUUGCCAUUGUGGGCAUGUCCGGAAGAUUCCCCGAAUCUGCAGAUGUUGAAGCGUUCUGGGACCUUCUUUACCAAGGGCUUGACGUCCAUCGACGAGUGCCAGCAGACAGAUACAACGCAGAGCUAUACUAUGACCCGACUGGCAAGCGGAAGAAUACAAGCAAGAUCAUGCAUGGUUGCUGGAUUAAUGAGCCUGGACUGUUUGACGCAAAGUUCUUCAACAUCUCUCCAAAAGAAGCUGAGCAAUCCGAUCCUGGCCAGCGCCUGGCCCUGGCGACCGCGUAUGAGGCGCUUGAGAUGGCAGGCAUCGUUGCUGAUAGAACGCCGUCAACACAACGUGACCGUGUGGGCGUCUUUUACGGCAUGACGAGUGACGACUACAGAGAAGUCAGUUGUGGCCAGAACGUGGACACAUAUUUCAUCCCAGGUGGAAAUCGAGCCUUUACACCAGGCAAGAUCAAUUAUUUCUUCAAAUACUGCGGCCCAUCGGUCAGUGUUGACACUGCAUGCUCUUCAAGUCUUGCGGCCAUUCACUUAGCUUGCAACUCCAUCUGGCGAAAUGAAUGUGAUACAGCCGUUGCAGGUGGUACCAAUGUCAUGUCGAACCCUGACAGUUUUGCGGGAUUGGAUCGCGGACAUUUUCUGUCAAGAACCGGCAAUUGCAAUACGUUUGACGACGCAGCCGACGGUUACUGUCGAGCAGACGCAGUCGGCACUGUCGUCCUGAAAAGGCUUGAAGAUGCGGUGGCAGACCAUGAUCCUAUCCUUGGAGUCAUUCUAGGUGCUCACACUAACCACUCUGCUGAGUCUGUUUCUAUUACACGGCCGCACUGCGGAGCGCAAGAGGAAAUCUUUUCCAAGAUACUUACUGAGUCCGGCGUCCAUCCCCAUCACGUCAGCUACAUCGAAAUGCACGGGACUGGAACUCAGGCCGGCGAUGCGACUGAAAUGGCGUCAGUUCUCAAAGUAUUCGCUCCCUCACCAACCGCUGGAAGAUUGCCCCAUGAGAGCCUUUAUUUGGGAUCGACGAAAGCCAACGUCGGCCAUUCUGAGUCUGCCUCUGGGGUCACUGCCCUGAUCAAGGUUUUGUUGAUGAUGCAGAAGAGCCUGAUUCCUCCGCACUGCGGUAUCAAGGGAAAGAUUAACCACAAAUUCCCCACCGACCUUGAUAAACGCAAUGUCCAUAUUGCCAAAGCAGUGACAGAGUGGAGGCGGCGUGAGGAACUCAACAACAUCCGCCGUGCCUUUGUAAACAACUUCUCUGCUGCCGGCGGCAACACUGCAUUGCUGCUGGAGGACUAUCCUGAACUCACAACGACCGCCUCAUCUCAGGAUCCUCGAACGGCUCACGUGGUGACAAUAUCCGCAAAGUCUAUCCCGUCUCUCAAGGGGAAUUUGGCAAAGCUCAGAGACUUCGUUCGACGACAGUCGCAAACAGAGGGAUUUUUCGCCAAGCUGUCUUAUACAACCACCGCUCGCCGGAUGCACCAUCCGUUUCGCGUUGCUAUUUCGGCUGCAAACUGCGAGCAGCUGUUGAGCGCUCUGGAGCAAGAGGUGAAUCGAGACGAUCACAAACGAUCCACAGAAGCACCUGUCGCUUUCGCCUUCAGCGGCCAAGGCUCACAGUACAGCGCUAUGGGCCAGCAUCUCUUACAAUUUGCCAGCUUUCGAGAUGAGAUUGACUCUUACGACCGCUUGGCGCAACGGCAUGGGUUCCCCUCCAUCCUGCCGCUUAUUGAUGGCUCAUCCAACAUUGACGACCUUGAGCCGCUCGUUGUCCAAUUGGGUACUACGUGUGUGCAGAUGGCACUCGCCAGCUUUUGGAUGUCGUUGGGAAUGCAGCCGGCUUAUGUCGUCGGUCACAGCCUGGGUCACUACGCCGCACUGAAAGUCGCGGGCGUUCUUACAGCAAGCGAUACCAUUUACCUGGUAGGCAUGAGAGCCCGGCUACUUCAGGAGAAGUGCAGCAGAGGAAGCCAUGCGAUGCUGGCAAUCCGAAGCAGCGUCGAUCAGAUCCAGCCAUAUCUGGAUGCAGCCCUUCAUGACGUUGCGUGCAUCAACGGACCUCAAGAUACCGUCGUUAGUGGCUGUGUAGAUGAAAUCUCGAGUCUUGCUCAGAAGCUUACGGACAAUGGCGUCAAGGCCACGAGGGUCGAAGUUCCGUUUGCGUUCCACUCGGCCCAGGUCGAUCCAGUGUUGGAUGAACUCGAGGCCAUUGCUUCUCACGUCACGUUCCACUCUCCGCGCGUUCCAAUCGGUUGUCCCCUGUUGGGCAAGACGUUCCACAUUGGGGAGACGCCAUCGUUUGACGCAAAGCACAUCAGUCGUCACUGCAGAGAAGCCGUCAACUUCCGCGGCAUUCUGCAGUCAGCCAAAGAAGAGGGCGUAAUUUCCGAAAAGACGACCUGGAUUGAGGUGGGACCACACACUGUCUGCUCCAACCUCGUCAAGGCCAAUCUUGGGCAAGAUAUCACCGCUGUUCCUUCGUUAGUGCGCAAAAAAGACGGCUGGCAGGUACUCACUUCAAGCCUCGCAACUUUGUACUGCCGAGGAUUGUCCAUCACUUGGGACGAGUAUCACCGCGACUUUGAGGCAUGCAAAGAGGUAUUGACCUUGCCAGCUUAUAGCUGGGAUAACAAGAGGUACUGGAUUGAAUAUGUGCAUGACUGGUUGCUCACACGGGGCGACCCUCCUGUUGAACCGGCCGCCCCAAUGCAAGCGCCUUCGACAUUCUCAACUGCCUCGGUGCAUCGGAUUGUCAAUGAGGUCGCAGACAAAGGAAAGCUCACCAUCACGGCGGAGUGCGAAUUUACAAACGAGCAGUUGCGUGAAGUCGUAUAUGGCCAUGUUGUCAAUGGCAACCGAGUUUGUACGUCGUCAUUAUACACGGACUUUGGGGUUACCUUGGGUAAUUACAUUCUGGAGAAACAUCGUGUGGAUCUCAAAGACCACUCGGUAGAUGUCCAGAAAAUGGUUGUUCAUAAAGCCCUAGUCCACAAAGAGGGUCAACCAAUGCUUCUUAGGAUCGAGGUCACUCAUGAUGUAACUCUCGGAAAGGACGCAUCGAUGUCCAUUUACAGCAUCAAUCCCAUGGGCAAGAAGACAGCCGACCAUGCACAAUGCACACUCUCCUUUGGGCAGCCCAAGGUUUGGCUCAAGAACUGGGAUGGUACCCUAUACUACGUUGAGCGCAGCAUCGAGUGGCUCAAGGGGAAAGCCGAUCAGGGUCUCAACAGUCGUCUCUCCUCCGGCGUGAUAUAUAAGCUCUUUUCCAGUCUGGUCGACUACAGUCAGGCUUAUAAAGGCAUGCAAGAGGCCAUUGUCGAUGCCGAAGACUUUGAAGCUACUGCUCUGGUCCAGUUCCAAGUUGACGAGGGCAGUUUCCAUUGCAAUCCGAUGUGGAUCGACAGCUGUGGUCAGCUUGCUGGAUUUCUGAUGAACGGUCAUUCGAAGACGCCCAAAGACCAGGUUUUCAUCAACCAUGGCUGGCAAUCGUUCAGAAUGGUGAGGAAGUUCCGCAAAGACCAGACAUAUCGCACAUAUGUCAGGAUGCGACCUGUUGAAGGAACCCUCUAUGCCGGAGACGUUUAUAUCUUCGAUGAUGAUGGGAUCGUUGGCGUCUGCGGUAGCAUUACUUUCCAAGGUAUUUCUCGAAAGGUACUGAACUCGGCAAUGCCACCUCCGAAAUCUGCGGACGAGCCUCAAGUGCAGACACGUUCUGUGGUAAGAACGGAGCCUCCAAAGAAGAUGGCGGCACCAAUUCCGACUGCCCAGAUUGAACCGCAGAAGCUCGAGGCGGCUCUGAAGUCUGCUUCUGCUGCGGCGGUUGCAAAGGAUCCCCUGCAGGCCGUUAUCAAGAUUUUGUCUGAGGAGAUUGGUAUCCCCUUGGGCAGUAUCCAGGAUGAUCUUGCCUUUGCAGACUACGGAGUUGAUUCGCUCCUGUCUCUCACGAUCUCUGGGCGACUUCGCGAGGAGCUUGAUUUGGACGUUGAAUCGUCGGUCUUUGAGGCUUGCGCCACAUUUGCUGAUUUCAUCGCUCAUCUUGGCUUGACCAGUUCCCCGUCUGACCAGUCUUCCGAGCAGUCAAGCGUCUUUGAGAUGGUCUCUCCACCCAGCGACAGCUCGGAUGCCAUGACCAGCAACGCCAUCACGACUCCAACCGGAAGUUUACCCGAAUCGGUGUCUGGCAGCAUCUGCAAAGACGUGUGUGCUAUUCUGGCAGAGGAGAUUGGCGUGUCCGCUACUGACAUCACUAAUAAUGCAAACCUUGGUGAACUGGGUAUGGACUCGCUUAUGUCGCUGACAGUGCUCGGCCGCCUCCGCGAAGAGCUGGACAUUGAGCUGGACGCCGACUUUUUUGUAACCCACCCCAACUACGACUCCUUCAAGGUCUUCUUCCAGCCAGCUGCCAAGGAACAAGUUGAGCCAGAGCCGCUGGCCGAACUGAAGCAGUAUCGGGCAACUUCAACACUGCUGCAGGGCAGCCCCAAGUCUGCGCUUUAUACUCUAUUUCUCCUCCCAGAUGGAUCUGGUUCCGCCACCUCAUACGCCCCCAUCAACGCAAUUGGCAAAGAAGUCUGUGUCUACGGCCUCACUUGUCCCUGGCUGAAGUCGGCCGACAAACUGGUUCAGUUCGGUCUGAAAGGACUGGCUGCUCUUUACGUCGAAGAGAUUAGACGCCGAGUGCCACAUGGACCGUAUAAUCUGGGAGGCUGGUCCGCGGGCGGUAUUUGCGCUUAUGAAGCAGCAAUCAGAUUGACACGAGAUGGUGAAAAGGUCGAACGCCUGAUUCUCCUCGAUUCGCCGAAUCCGAUUGGACUGGAGAAGCUUCCACCGCGACUCUUCGACUUCGUCAACGGCCUAGGACUGUUUGGAGAUGGGAAGGCGCCAGACUGGCUACUCGCACACUUCCUUGCAUUCAUCGAUGCACUCGAUGACUGGAAACCAGUGCCAUGGGACAAGGCGCUCGGUGGCAAAGCACCACCGCCAAAGACACACAUACUCUGGGCCGAGGAUGGUCUUUGCAAGGGCACUACCGAACGCCCGGAAUACAGAGACGACGAUCCCCGAGAGAUGCGAUGGCUUCUUGAAAAUCGAACGAAUUUCGGAGGGAACAAUUGGGAUAUCUUGCUUGGUAGUGAGAACCUUUUGAUUGGCCGUAUACAGGAUGCAAAUCAUUUCACGAUGCUGCAUAAGGGUAAGAACACAGAGCGUGUUGCAGAGUUUAUCAAGAGUGCUUUCUCAAAGUAAAGGACUUGGAAAAGCUUGUAACCGGAAUUUCCCUUACGUAAAAGAACUAAUCAUAAAGUUAUAAAUAUAUUCUAUUUACCAGAA